AGUAGUUCUCCCGGGUCCGCUCCGCGGGCUUCUGGGAGUUGUAGUAUCUAAUCUGUAGGCAGGACGGAAGGAGCGGGGGAGGCCCCUUACGCAAACUACAAUUCCCGACGGGGAGCGCGGUGAAGGGGGGUGGGAUUUGAACAUGGCGGCGGUGGUAGCUGCUACGGCGCUGAAGGGCCGGGGGGCGAGAAAUGCCCGCGUCCUCCGGGGAAUUCUCUCAGGAGAGAAGGCUUCUCACAACAGGACCCGGGCACUGCAAAGCCACAGUUCCCCAGAGUGCAAGGAGGAACCUGAGCCCCUGUCUCCUGCGCUGGAAUAUAUUCCCAGAAAGAGGGGCAAGAAUCCCAUGAAGGCUGUGGGACUAGCCUGGUACAGCCUGUACACACGCACCUGGCUCGGGUACCUCUUCUAUCGCCAGCAGCUGCGCAGGGCUCGGAAUCGCUACCCUAAGGGCCAUUCCAGAACCCAGCCCCGCCUCUUCAAUGGGGUGAAGGUGCUUCCCAUCCCGGUCCUUGCGGACAACUACAGCUACCUCAUCAUCGACACCCAGGCCCGGCUGGCUGUGGCGGUGGACCCUUCCGACCCUCGGGCCGUUCAGGCUUCCAUUGAAAAGGAGGGUGUUACCUUGGUUGCCAUUCUCUGCACCCACAAGCACUGGGACCACAGUGGAGGGAACCGUGACCUCAGCCGGAGGCACCGGGACUGCCGGGUUUAUGGGAGCCCUCAGGAUGGCAUCCCCUACCUCACCCAUCCCUUGUGUCAUCAAGAUGUUGUCAGCGUGGGGCGGCUUCAGAUUCGGGCUCUGGCCACUCCAGGCCACACACAAGGCCAUCUGGUCUACCUGCUGGAUGGGGAGCCCUACAAGGGCCCUUCUUGCCUCUUCUCAGGAGACCUACUCUUCCUCUCUGGCUGUGGACGGACCUUUGAGGGCACUGCAGAGACCAUGCUGAGCUCACUGGACACUGUGCUGGGGCUGGGGGACGAUACCCUGCUGUGGCCUGGUCACGAGUACGCAGAGGAGAACCUGGGCUUUGCAGGCGUGGUGGAGCCCGAGAACGUGGCCCGGGAGAGGAAGAUGCAGUGGGUGCAGAGGCAGCGGAUGGAGCGCAAGAGCACGUGCCCAUCCACCCUGGGGGAGGAGCGCUCUUACAACCCGUUCCUGAGGACUCACUGCUUGGCACUGCAGGAGGCUCUGGGGCCAGGCCCGGGCCCGACGGAGGAUGAUUGCUUCUCUCGGGCCCAGCUCCUGGAGGAGCUGCGCCGGCUGAAGGACAUGCACAAGAGCAAGUGACGCCCCACCAUGCCAGCCUGCCCCAUGGUGAGGAGGCCACCCACCGCCGCACCACACCGUCCCUCUCAUUGUCACCCCCCCAUCGGUGCCCACAGCAGCCAUCCUUCCCCCACACUGAUCUGGGGGAGGGGAGGGA